CGACAUUUCAGUGUCCGAAGGUUGCUGCGCGGCUUACAUGCAUCCGAUGAGAGCAUUUCGCGCCGAUGAAAAAUAGCCGGGCGCCCCCCUGCUCUUUUGCGGUAAGCAUCGGCUCAGGACAUACUACCGCGACACAAUCUAAACGCUACGCACUUUAAUCACCUGUCUUUCGCGCUUGAUUAGCCUGGCAUAAGGUUGCUACGAGAACGCCAUUAUUGGCCAAUACACUAUGGCGCAGCCAGCAGCGAGCAUAUCAGGACAAGCAGGAUCGGAUACCAUGCAUAUUGCUAUCGUCGGAGCAGGCAUAGGAGGACUGGCUCUAGCCAUUGGACUCACUAAUCGGGGCGUCUCUUACACAUUGUAUGAGUCGGCCGCGCAAUUUAGUGCAGUGGGUGCAGGGAUCGGCCUGGGGCCAAAUGCGCUUCAUGCGAUGGAAUUGAUAGACACAAGAUUCCGACAAUUGUACAAUCAAAUAUCUUCCGGAAAUUUGACGCCGAACAAGGAGCACAUAGCGAUGGAAGUGCUGUAUGCCGAAGAAGGAUUCGGCGCCAAACGGGGCUGGCAGCCGGCCCCGUUUGGGGCGGAGUUCUACACCCGAACCAGCGCACAUCGCCGUGAUCUCCUAGAAAUAAUGACCAGCUUAAUUCCGCAAGAGCGUGUACAGUUCAACAAAAGGGUCAAACAUAUCAAUCAGACGGGAGAGAACAGCAAAAUUAUUAUCACAUUUGAAGACGGCAGUAUUGCGGAGGCAGAUGCGGUUAUUGGAUGUGACGGCGUGAAGGGCCCGACGAGGCAAGCCGUCCUAGGGACACUAUACCCAGACAAGGUGCAACCUAUCUUUAGUGGCAAGUAUGUCUACAGAUCGAUCGUUCCAAUGGAAGAUGCCCAGCGGCUUCUCGGGGACCAUGCUGGAGACGCGAAGGCGUUUGUCAGCCAUAAAAAGAAUAUCAUGACGUUUCCAAUUUCACGCGGCACCGAGCUCAAUGUGGUAGCCAUCAAGAUGAUGGAUGGACCUUGGACACAUCCACAAUGGACCAAGGAUGUCACUAAGGAGGAGAUGGUGGCCGAUUUUGCGGAGGUUGAUCAGCACCUUCUCAAAUUAUUGGACUGGGCCAAACCAUUACAAUGGUCUCUAUGGCACCAUCCUGACACACCCACCUAUUACAACGGACGAAUUUGUCUCCUGGGGGACUCGGCCCACGGCACUACGCCUCAUCAAGCUGCCGGCGCUGGACAAUGCCUGGAGGAUUCUCUUAUCAUGUCUCACAUUCUGGGUCUCGCCAAGAAUCGCUCCGAAAUUACCCACGCAUUCCAGGUUUAUGACAGUAUUCGACGGCCACGGGCGCAAGCAGUCGUAACCACGAGUCAAGAGGCGGGGACGCUCUAUACUUUCACGCAUCCGCAGUUGGGCACGGACUUGGCCGAGAUCGUCGCAAAUCUUAAUCAACGCUUUUUGUGGAUCUGGGAUCACGAUUUGAAAGCGGAUAUUGAGCUUGCCCGUCGGUGGUUUAUAGCCCUGGUACAGAUGUCUCAGUCACGAUUAUGACCGAUAAUAACGCUGAAAUCUCCACAUCUAACAUUGAUUGUACCAUUCUUAGUGUCGAAGCUAUCGAAAUGACAUGUGAUCGUUCUAAGGACAAAAACAGGAAAAAGAGACAAAAGAAAAAAAGAAAGAACAAAGAAAAAAAACAAAUGGCGCCUAGGCAUUUCCGUCGUCAAAUUCCCUCAGCAGUCGAACAUCCGAAAGCAUGGCUAGUCGGGAUCGUGC